GCAUAAAGGCGCCGCCCCUUUGUAGAUCUGAGUCCAGUUCUCCCGCGACACCCUCGCCAUCCUCAACCUCACGGACUCUGACGUCUGGGGCCUGCCCGGUUCGGUAGACCGCAAGAAGGCGACUGGCACGCUCUGGACGACGAGCGCGCUCGCGAUCACGGCCGCCGCCGCGUCUGCGUACUACGUCCUCACCAGGUUUACGAGCCUUGGCGCGCAACUGCAGAGGAUUCUCUAGCCCGCCUCUGCCGGAGCUCGCUGAUGUUCUCGUCGCAGGCCGUCAGCUCCGUCUGGCUCGGCUUCGCCAUUCCCACUCCGAAGCUAGCGCCACGUUCGCUAUGGGCGACGUGGGCAUAUUACUCCCUGCCACCCCAGGGCAGGGCGCAGACCUCCCUCGUUGUCAUCGAUGGGACCUGCUGUACUCGCAUUUAUCACAUGUACUGUAUCGUGAUUAUGCAAUUGUUCCUCGUUGUUUUCGCCAUCCCUCCUUGUUAGCGAUGAUCCGCCUGUACAGACAAGACAAGGCAAAGUUA